AUGCUCCCGUUAUAUCUUUUAACUGCAGCAAAGAACAAACCAGUGCUAAUAGAGUUGAAGAGUGGAGAAACAUACAAUGGAAACCUCACCAAUUUGGACUCAUGGAUGAACCUUACCCUAAGUGAUGUGAUACAAACCAGUGCCAAUGGAGAUAAAUUCGAGAAGAUUCCAGAGAUUUACAUUCGAGGAAUGCAUAUCAAGUACUUGCGCAUACCGGAUCAAGUAAUGGACCAAGUUAAAGAGCAGCAGCAACAACAGUACCAUCAUCAACAUCAAAACCAGCACCACAAUCAUAACCACCAUAACUACAACUACAAUAAUCAGCAAUCAGGAUACCUGCAUGAUAAUAGAAAUAGAGGUAGCUACGGAGGAAACAGGAGGAGAGAUGGCGCCGGACAAGGUGGCAGAGAUAAUAGGGAUAACAGAGACAAUAGGGAUGGUAACAAUCGCAGAGGUGGAAGAAGCAGGAGAGGCAACAACCAAUCCAGAGAUAGUUAA